AUGUUUAAAUCAUCAUUAAUUAAACAAAGAGGAAGAGGUAGUUUAAAAAGAGGCUUAAGUUCAAAAAAGAAACCAAAAGGAAAUUCUUCGAUUCCUAUUAUAACAAUUAUUGAGGCUGAAUUUAUAAUUAAUUUACUUGUACGAGAAAUUUUUUCAAGAGGUUUAACCGAAGCCAACAUUUAUAUUUAUAAGAUAUUUAGUCCAGCUAAAACAAACGAACAAUUUGACGAGGUCGGGUAUCUUGUGGAUUGUAUUUUAAGAGGUGAUAAAAGGGAAUACGAGGAAGAACUUAAAUUUCAAGAUUUACAUAAUAUCGCUUUGGGAAUUAGAUGGACACUGGAGAAUUGUAAUGUACCAUUAGUACCAUAUCAAAAUUAUAAAGAUUUUGUUAGUAAUGAACAAGACUGGCAAUAUGAUCCUAAAAAAGGAUCAUUCAAUCAAUUCAUAGCAUCAUUAUUCAAGUCAAAUCAACAAAUACUCUUGUCAAUAUUUGAUUUGUUCUCUCAACUAAUCAUCAUUUCACCAUCAAAUCACAAUAAUAAGAUGUUUGUGACAAUGAAACUAAUCAAAUCAGUCUCAAUGUGCAUAAUUAAAGAUGAGGUAAACAACAACAACAAUAAUGCCGGCGACACUAACAACAAUGAUGUUUUACUAGGAUCAUCAUCACCACCAUUAUCACCGUUUGAAACUGCUUAUAAAAAAUGGUUAAAGACCUCAAAUAAUUUAUUACAUUUAUUUCUUGCGUAUUUAAGAGAGAUAUCUGUUUCAUCAAAUGAAACAAAUCUUGAUCCAAAAUUGUCAUUUUUAUUGGAUAAUUAUGUUGAGAACAGAAGAAAAUGCUUGUUAAAUCCUAAUACCGAAUAUUAUUCUUUAGUUGACACUUCCAAUAAACAAGAUUUGGGUUCGAUAUUAGUAAAAAAAUCAUCAAAGGAAGCACUUCCAGACAAUUACCAAGUAAAUAAUAGUAUUAGUAAUUUAUUAUCUUCUAUCGCUGGUCCUUCAGUUUCAAGAAAACCUUCAACGAUUAAAUUUUCAGAACCGAUUGCAAAAAUCAACAACAAUAAUAUUGAUAAUCAGCAACUAAAUCAACAACAAUUAUCUUCUUCGCCAUAUGCAAGAAACAAUCAUAGUAGUAAUAAUAAUAGCAAAAUCUCAUUGGUCGAGACUUUCAAUGCAUUAAAACGUCGUACCAGUUUAAUGGUUGGUGAGAAAUCAAUCGAACAAAAAUGGUCCGACUUGCAAAAUGAAGGAAUUGAUUUAUUAUCUGAACCAGCCCUCAAGUUGUUUUUCGUUUUUGAUGAAAGGGAUGAGUCUCCGACAUUAUCAUCAAAUUCAUCAUUAAAUUUGUCACAAUUUAAAAAUAUUGGAUUCAAAGAUCCAGAUGAUAAUGUUUUAAGUAUUGGUUCAACAUUAGGCACAAGCAUAAGUGAAUCAUUAUCUGAUAAUAAUAACAAUGAUUUGAGUUACUCAUCAUCAUUUUCUAUUGCAAAUAACAACAACAAUAACGACAAAAGAGAUUUGAAGUUUUUAUGUAUUAGAAUAAAAAGAAACAAAAGAAAUAGGCGCAGUAAGAAUAAUAGUGAUAGUAAAGAAUUUCAAGAAGCGGUAGAAGAAGAAGAUGAUUACUUGAUAAUUGAAGCAAUUGAUGAAAUAUCACCAUUUGUUUGGAUCGAAAAUUCGCAAAAUCAAAUAGAAAAAAUGAGCGAAUGGGUGAUUUUGGAAACUAAAGGUGGAAUAGAAUUUAAUGAACCGGAUUGGAUUUUAUUAAAUGAUAAACAAAAGUUUUUAACUGAACUUGAGGAACGAUCAACAAAUCAAAAGGAAGAUUCUGAAGAUUUACAAAAAGAUGACGACGACGACAAUAAUGAUAAAGAUGACUUUAACUAUGAUAAUAUUGAGGAAGUGGGAGAUGCUGAAGCCGGUGCAAGUGUUGGUGUUGGAAUCGGAACAACAAGUACAGCUACUCCUGCAACUACUACCAAAAAUACCAAGAUUGUAACAGGAGAAAAUGAGUCAAGUGGAAUAGUGGAGACAUUAAAUGAAGACGACGAAAGCCCUAUUGAUUAUGAAUAUCAACCAUCAGCUACAGAAGCACCAAAAUCGGCAGCAACAGACUCACCUUCUCUUCCUCCUUCUUCUUCAGCAUCAUCAAUAGCAAUUGAUAAUUAUUAUUAUCAAUAUGAGGAUGAUAAUGAUCUUCAAUAUAAUGCCAUCUCUUCAUCAUCGUCAACAUCUACAACUGCAAAGAAAAUAAGACAACAAAAUUAUCAACAACCUCCAUAUGGAUAUUAUUACCCUUCCCCUCCAACAUUGCCACCACCGCAUCUUGCCAGUAGUGUUCGUAACAGUAUUCGCAGUAGUAAUAGCAGUAAAAGCGGCAGUAUUGGAAGUGGUGGAUAUGUAGCACAAAGUAGAAUGGUCCAACCUCAACUUCUCCCAAGACCAAAAAACCAUCAAACAUUUUAUAAAGGUUAUAAUCAAACGUACAUGCCUACAAAUAAUCCAACACCAAUGUCUGUCGGGAUUCAUUUUUAA